AUGAGCAUAAAAUCAAGAUCUUCCAAAGCUUCCCGGCUGGAGGUGGGGUCUUUGGCUGAAAAAGAACCUUACCAAGACAACUAUGACGAGUCACUCACAUAUGGUGGGGUCGACAUGGCAGAGUUGGACCAGAGUGAUGUGAUUAUGCAGCGGAAAAUGAAACUCAUCAACGAUGCCCUCGACGAAAUCGGUUUUACGUGGUAUCAUUUCAAAUACGCUGUCGAUUCCCAACUCACCUUGUUGGAAUCUCUUACCAGAGAGAUGAUCAACUAUGACUUCGGUAAACCCUUUGCUGUGCCUAAUGUGCUUAAUUAUGCGGGGAUGCUUCUGGGGGCGAUGUUCUGGGGUUUUCUGGCGGACUUGAUCGGUCGGCGAUUAGCGUUUAACUUGACCUUGUUUCUCGCAGCAGUAUUCACAAUCUACUGCGGUACUAUGGGUACCCUUAGUUCUUACGGUAUCAUGAUCUACCUUAUCGCAUUCAGUUUUGGGGGCAACCUCGUGUUGGACACCACUUGUUUUAUGGAAUUUCUUCCCCACAAACAGAACUGGCUCAUCACAUUUUUCGCCGUCUUCUGGGGUGUUGGUGGCACCAUCGCAUCUGCCACCGCACUUGGGUUCCUUCCUCGUUGGUCUUGUACUGAAACUGAAUGCCCCGACCCCGCCAAUAAUGGGUGGAGAUACUUAUUCUACACUAAUGGGUCGAUUGUGCUUUUCCUUGCUCUCGCUAGAGUCACGGUAGUGAAUUUGGAAGAGACCCCCAAGUUUUUGGUUGCAAACAAGCGCGAUGAAGAGGCAGUGGAAGUGCUUCACAAAAUUGCCAACAAGUACAACCGUACGUGCUCAUUAACUGUGGAACAGUUAGAAGCAUGUGGUGAGAUCAUCUCCAAUGAAGACUUCCGCAGAUCAUCCGAUAUCAAGGGUACCCUUAGAAUCGUGAGAAAGCACAUCGCUCAUUUGUUCUCCAACCGUAGAGUGGCCAGAUCUACUACGACCUUAUUGUUCUCGUGGUUGGUGUUGGGUAUUGCCUAUCCCUUGUACACGACCUACUUGCCGAUGUAUCUUAAAGCUAAGGGAGCGGCAACGGGGUCGAGUUCAUUGCAUCAGAAUUAUGUUGAUUUGGUAAUCUCCAAUGCCGUCUCUACUGCUGGUCCUGCGAUUUCGGGGAUUAUGUUGUGGCUCCUUCCGAUAUUGGGGUCUCGUGGGGUGAUGUGUUUCGGUGGUCUUGUGUCAUGUGGCUUCCUCAUCGGUUAUGCCUUUGUCUCCACUCAUGCACAAAACGUCGCUCUUUCUUCUGUGUCAUUUUUAGCCGUGUUCAUUUACUACUCCGUGCUUUAUGCCUACUCGCCUUCGGUUUUGCCGACUUCGGCUAGAGCCACGGGUAAUGCCUGUUGUAUUGGUAUCACUCGUUUUGCUUCUUGUUUUGUCCCCAUUAUCGCGUUCUAUGGUGACCCCAACACAAACGUGCCUAUCUUUGUUUGUGCCGGUUUGAUGGGUCUUUUAGGGGUAGUGUCAUUGUUCUACCCAUUCGAACCCUCAAAGCAGCGGAUCGUGUAA